AUUUUGCAUCAACAAAUUUCGAAUAGUUAGUAUCUAAGUUUAGUUUAGAUACAUUCGCCGUCGAGUUCAAAUCACAGUUUCGUCGUAGUCUUGUCGCAAUUUAAAGCUCUAAAUAGAGAUAGAUAAAUUCUUUUGUUAUCUAUCUUCAACGUCAUUUAUUCGAAGAGUGAUUCUUAUUUUUUGCCUAAUUUGAUAAGAUAUUCGAGAUGAUAUAAAAUAAAGCCAAUAAACGAAGAAAAAAACAAAACGAUCGAUGCAAUCAAGUUUUAUAUGAGAAACUAAGAAAAAUCCACAGACUAAAGUUUUAAACUUAAAUUAAGUUAAAUGAUCUUUCAAGUAAGAACUUUUGUUUAUAAACGACGUAAUGGAAAACCUGGGAUAUAAAGAAGGCUCAACCAAGCCGCGAAGAAUAGCACGUGUUGUUACUACAGUGACUAAGAAUGAAGCUGAGCAACCGUUAUCAGAAAAUAAUUCUAGAUUUAAAACCGUUCCACCAAAUUUGAUGGUUCGAUGGCGAAAUAAUCCUGACGCAAUGCUAGAAGCCCAAUAUCCAGCAGCUGGACAAUUUGAAUACAUGGAAUGUGGACCAUCACCGCCAGCAGAAAGUGCUCCUAGCAUGUAUGAUAGCUUUGAAGAACCUGCCAGCGAGUUGAGCGUACAAAUUUGCAAUGAUACACUUCGUAUAAGCUUAAUUGAUCAGAUGAAAAGUGGCUCGGGUAGAGUACGUUUUUUGGAAGAAAUCGAACAAGGCAAUGUUGUGGCAGAAAAUAUUUCUAAACACUUUGACACCGCCUCUAAGACAGAGAAGAAUUUUAGUUUUUUAUGGGCUGCAUUUCUGAAGCGAUGGGAUUUGCUAGAAGGUCUCAUUGAAGUCGGUGCUGAUUUAAAUUUUUGCGAUGUCAAUGGAAUUUCGGCCUUGCAUUUGGCUGCUUUUAGUGGAUGUCUGUCAUCAUUAAGUUUUCUCAUUGAAAAAGGAAUGAAUGUGAAUCAGCAGCAAAAAUGUUACACUCCGCUGCACUGUGCUGCUUUUGGUAAUUCAAAAGAAGCUGCUAAGAUGCUUAUUAAUAGUGGAGCUAUCAUGACCAUAGACACCAAUAAACCAAACUGUGAGGAAUCUAUAUUGCAUUGUUCGGUAAGAGCGAAUGCUCUCGAGUGUCUCAACUUUUUCAUAUCUGAAGGAGCAGAUGUCAACUCAUUAAAACCAAAUGGAACCAACCCAAUUCACUUGGCUGCUGAUUUGGGAAACGCACAAUGUUUGGAAGCACUUCUUAGUGCUCCAAAUGCCGAUCCUAAUGUUCGCAUUUGUAUUCGAGAAAAGGAGUCAACGGCUUUACAUUUAGCUGCAGACGAGGGCAAUGUAGAGUGUGUAGAUUUGCUUUUGUCAAAAGGUGCUGAUGCAAAGCUUAAAAAUCACAGAGGAUUCACUGCUCUUCACUUGGCUGCAAGAACAUCGAGUUUAGAAUGUGUAGAGUCACUUUUGCGUAACGGUAAUGCCGAUUCGAACGCCGAAGACUUUGAUCAUCGGACUCCAUUACACGCAGCUGUAGGCAAAUCAGAAAACGCAUACGACAUUCUUGAGACACUUAUAUCAUGGGGAGCAAAUGUCAAUCACAAGGAUAUCUACGGAUUCACAGCACUUCAUUUGGCUGCAUUAGAUGGACUUGCACAGUGUGUCGAAAUGUUAAUAUUCCAUGGCGCUGAUGUAACUACAAAAUCAAAAAAAGGAACAUCUGCUUUGAAUGUGAUAACAAGAAAGACUCCCGCAUCGGUAGCUAUGAUAACACAAAAACUAGAUGCAGCCAUCACUUUACAUCACUCGCAGGAUCCAGUGAAUCGAGAGGUUGAGUUGGAGCUGGACUUUCGACAACUUCUACAACACUGUCAUCCCAGGGAAAUCAGCUAUCUAAACACAUUUGUGGAUGAAGGUCAAAAAGAGAUCCUUGAACAUCCACUUUGUUCGGCGUUCCUAUAUAUAAAGUGGGGCAAAAUUCGCAAAUAUUAUAUAGGACGACUUAUAUUUUGUUUUACAUUCGUUCUCUUCCUAACUCUGUAUGUUCUCACUGCAUUGGCACACAACUGCUAUAAUGGCAGCAAAGACGAUAACACAACUAUUCAAGCUCAGGAACUUUGUCAAAAGCAAUCUAUCCUUGGAGAUAUGCUUAGAAAUAAUCCUUUUGUCAUGGAAAUGCAAUGGUGGGUUUUAGUAGCCAUCACCAUAGUGGAAAUAUUUCGAAAAGUCUACGGGAUAACAGGAUAUUCUUCAUUUAAACAUUAUGUGAUGCAGGUGGAGAAUAUCAUGGAAUGGUUUGUCAUCACAAGUGUCUUCGUUAUUUCGUACAUCUACACCAAGCAGACAUACACUUUUCAAAACCACAUCGGGGCGUUUGCGGUCCUACUGGGUUGGACAAAUCUCAUGCUUAUGAUUGGUCAACUUCCAGUGUUCGAUGUCUAUGUGGCCAUGUAUACCCGGGUACAGGGAGAAUUUGCUAAGCUUUUCAUGGCUUAUUCGUGCAUGUUGGUUGGAUUUACUAUUAGUUUCUGUGUAAUAUUUCCAUCCUCUUCGUCUUUUGCCAAUCCAUUUAUGGGAUUUAUUUCGGUUCUGGUGAUGAUGAUCGGAGAGCAGGAUCUUUCCCUUCUCAUCAAUGAUCCAGAUGGAAAAGAUCCACCAUUUCUUCUCGAAAUUAGCGCUCAGAUAACAUUUGUUCUUUUCCUUCUAUUCGUUACGAUAAUUCUUAUGAAUCUCUUAGUUGGUAUUGCCGUUCAUGACAUACAAGGCCUCAAGAAAACAGCGGGACUUUCAAAACUUGUUCGUCAAACAAAACUAAUUUCAUACAUCGAAUCGGCGCUAUUCAAUGGAUAUCUACCUACAUGGUUACGAAAUUUGUUACACUAUACGGCCCUAGUGUCACCGCAAGCCUAUCGAGUUGUUCUAUGUGUGAAACCACUGAAUCCUAGCGAAAAACGCCUGCCUCGAGAUAUUUUAAUGAAGGCCUACGAGGCAGGCAAAGUGAGAAAACAAUUCGGACACACCAUAUCGGCAAAAAAUUCAGCAGCAACAUAUUUGUCGUAUAAGAACAAAUAUAAUAGCAAUGGCAGUCAAUCACCAGAUUAUGGAGACAUUGAAAACUCACCCAAUCUCAAUACCUUGACAACAAAAAUUGAUGACAAUGCUGAUCGUAUUGAAUUUUUAACACAAGAGGUCCAAGAACUUAAACAAGUUCUGAUACAGCAACAUCAGCAGGCGAGUAAGGUGAUAGAUAAGUUAUUAUUAGUAAUUUCUAAUCAACAAAAAAAUAAUUUAAGAAAAUGAGUUUUAUAGAAAACAGAAGUUACCAGUAUUAGAAACAAGUGUAAUAUUUUUUGUAUGAUU